AACAAGUGCCACGCUACUAGGAACAAGAGGACGCUACUAGGAACAAAGGGCAUCGCUACUAGGUGCGGUGGGGAGUGGCAGGUGCAUGGCAGGUGCCAAAGGUGCCAAGAGAAAGCAUGAGAACGGGAAGACGGAGACCGAGCUUGAGACUAAGGCGAAGAAGUCCGCUUCGGCGUCCCGUUUGACCUUGGAGAAAGCCAAGGCCUUCUUUGAAGAGCAUGGCAUCAAAGUGCAUCUGCCGGCGGGGAAGGAUGUGGACAUUACUCCCUUGGCGGGCUUCCAGUGUGAUGGCUUUGCAAAGCGACUGACAAAGUAUUGCCAGAAGAAGUUCGAGAAACCAACUCCGAUUCAGGCGUGCACUUGGCCGUUAAUUAUGCAGAAGAGUGACGUUUGCGGCAUCGCCAAGACCGGCAGUGGAAAGACCUUGGCCUUUGCGAUGCCAUACCUCUCCAUGUCCAGGCUGGGUGAGCUGGAUGUCUUUGAGCAGCCCUGUGCUUCUCCCCGGUUCGUGGCCAUGGCACCAACAAGGGAGCUAGCCAUGCAGAUUGCAGAGGUGUGCUGUGAGCUGGUUAAAGCAUUGACUGCCGGAGACGAGGGUCUCUACCCAGUGCAGUGCAUUUAUGGCGGUGUGCCCAAAAGGGAACAACGGCAGGCCAUUACCGAGACCGGAGUUGACAUGGCCAUUUGCACACCUGGACGCCUGCAGGACCUGGUAGAGGAAUCCACCUUAGACCUCAGUUACGUGCAGUAUUUGGUGCUUGAUGAGGCUGACCGCAUGCUCGACAUGGGUUUCAUUGACUCUGUCAAAGCUUUGAUCAGCAAGAUGCCCAAGGCUGGUAAGCGUCAGACGUGUAUGUUCAGUGCCACAUGGCCCGCCACAGUGCAUGCCUUGGCCACGAAGUUCCUCAGUGAGCCUGUCCACGUUGGCAUCGGUUCAGUGGAUGAGGGCGUCGUUGCCAACACGGCAAUCAGACAAAUUGUGGAGGUCAUAAAGAACGAAAAGGAAAAGCAAACCCGCUUGCUGUUCUACCUCAAAAAGCACUACAGUCCAGACAAGAAGGUGAUCAUCUUCGGAUUGUACAAGAAGGAGAUCGCCUGGCUGGAAACAUUCUUGUGGGAGAAAGGCUACGAGAAGGUCAUCGCCUUGCAAGGAGACAUGUCCCAAGAUAAGCGGACGCAAGCGUUGGCCGACUUCAAGGCCACUCGGAAGACGCCGUUGAUUGCUACUGACGUGGCUGGCCGCGGCUUAGAUGUUCAGGAUGUUGAGCUGGUCAUCAACUACACUUUUCCGCUCACCAUUGAGGAGUACACUCAUCGCAUUGGUCGAACAGGUCGCGCUGGCAAAAAAGGUCUUGCCAUUUGCUUCUUCUGUCCAGACUCCAAAGGAGCACAGGAUGAGAAGGCCCAUGCUGGAGACUUGUGCGCCAUCCUCCGCAAGGCCAACCAAGAAGUCCCCAAGGAACUGGAGAGCAUCGCCCAGACCUCCGGUGGCAACAAGGCGACCAAAAAGAAGGCGCAUCCACUCUUCGGCUCCCACUUCAAGAGUGCAGAGCAGAUGGCAGCGCUGGAAGCCAAAAAGGUGCAUACCACCUUUGAUUCCGACGAGGACUAAAGUCGAUGAAGUGAUGAAAGAAAACGGUUUUUUUUUGUGUCACACGCGAGAAACACAAUUGAUCUUGAGUUCAAAACGAGAGAACUAAUAAGUACGAAGUUACAUCUACA